AUGAAGCCCCUUGCGUCUGGCGGGAGGGGCAGGAACGCUGGGCCCGAAAGGAGAAGCGGCACGACGGUCAUGCUACAAGCGCCCAACCACAGCCAGCCAAGAGGACGCGCAAAUGAACCUGAAGCCAGCCCGCACCAGAGCCGGCGCCCAUUGAGGCGACGCACAUUUGCCUUUGGGUCUUGGGCGGGCCAAAGAGAUGUCGCGCGCUGCCAAAAGUGGCCCCAGGUCAGCAGCUCCAUCGACACCACUCUCAUUUCCCGGCUCCGAACCGGCGGCCUAGCCUUUCAACGUCCAAGCCAGCGCGGUGCAGUGUGA